CAGACGUACGACUCUCGGUCACAAUAUCCUAGCCCAAUGACAAACGUCCCAUUAGACUCGUCUAAUAGAAGGUAUCCUAAUAUGUACCCAGACCAAUUAAAUCAAUUAAAUAAUCAGAUGAGCAAUUUGAACGUCACACAAGUUGGCUACAACAAAAUAUGGGGGAUGGAAUCGAUAGACCUCUUGCAAUGCCGAAAUAUACUGCCACCUGAAAAAGUCGAACCACCAAUGAUCAAGUUAAAUCAGGAAUUCCUGGAUUCCAUAAAUUGUAGUCCUGACAUAUUCAGGUGUACAUUAACAAAAGUCCCAGAAUCGAAUUCGCUUCUACAGAAAUCAAGAUUACCAUUCGGCGUACUAAUACAUCCUUUUAAGGAUCUAAACCAGCAUUUAGCAGUGAUUCAAUGCAAUACGAUCGUGCGUUGUCGAGCUUGUCGAACGUAUAUCAACCCGUUUGUGUACUUCGUCGAUUCGAAAAGAUGGAAAUGCAAUCUCUGUUUCAGAUUAAAUGAACUUCCCGAAGAAUUUCAAUUCGAUCCUGUGACGAAAUCGUACGGCGAUCCAUCACGACGGCCGGAAGUGAAAACCGGCACGAUAGAGUUUAUUGCGCCAAGCGAGUACAUGGUCCGUCCACCUCAGCCCGCUAUCUAUCUCUUUGUCAUGGACGUUUCUCGUCUUGCGGUAGAAAGCGGGUAUUUGCAGAUAGUUUGCAAUACGAUCACCGAUGAACUGUCGCGUCUCCCCGGCGACAGCCGCACUCAAAUCGGUUUUCUUGCUGUUGAUUCUACUCUGCACUUCUUCAGCAUGCCCGAUAACGUCUCGCAACCACAUGAAAUGGUCAUGCUAGAUAUCGAUGAUGUGUUUCUACCGUGCCCAGAAAACCUAAUUGUAAAUCUGAAAGAACGUGAGGAACUUGUUCGUGAUCUUCUCGCCCAGCUUCCUAUCAAAUUCUGUGGCACUCAUGAUACUAAUAGUGCUCUUGGUGCUGGUCUUCAAGCUGCCUACAAACUCCUCGCUGGUGUCGGAGGACGUAUCACCGUUUUCCAAACAUGUCUGCCUAAUAUUGGUCCAGGAGCCUUGCAACCGAGAGAGGAUCCCAGUACUAGAGUGAACAAAGACGUGCCACAUCUUAAUCCCGCAACAGAUUUCUACAAAAGAUACGCUCUGGAUUGCAGUGGGCACCACAUCGCAAUUGAUCUGUUCUUAUUGAACAGUCAAUACAGCGAUCUGGCAACACUGUCAUGCAUGUCAAAAUUUACGGGCGGUUGCAUUUACCAUCUGCCACUGUUCCGGGCAUCGAAGUUACAGAAUAGUGAAACUUUAGAAAGAUUACUUCGUCGUUAUUUAACGAGAAAGAUUGGCUUUGAAGCAGUGAUGCGGCUUCGUUGUACUCGUGGUCUCAGUAUUCAUGCCUUCCAUGGCAGUUUCUUCGUUCGAUCGACUGAUCUCCUCUGCUUGCCAAAUAUUAAUCCGGACGCCGGUUUCGGCAUGCAAAUCUCCAUCGAUGAAAAUCUUUCCGAUGUGCAGAGUGUAUGCUUCCAAGCGUCUCUUCUGUAUACUUCAAGUAAAGGUGAGCGAAGAAUUAGAGUACACACUCUAUGCCUGCCAGUGGUGGCAAGUCUAUCGGAUGUAUUGCAUUCUGCAGAUCAACAAUGCAUAGUCGGUUUAUUAUCAAAAAUGGCUGUCGAUCGAUCGCUUCAGUCAUCUUUGUCAGAUGCAAGAGAAGCAUUAAUAAACGUCGCUAUUGACAUCUUAUCCGCGUACAAACUGACACAAUCUUCCAGCGGCGGAGGACUAAUUGCUCCAGGAAGUUUAAAGCUGCUGCCAUUAUACAUUAUCGCGUUGUUGAAAAGCAUAGCAUUUAGAUCCGGCACGAGCACGCGUUUGGAUGAUCGCAUAUUCGCUAUGUUUCAACUAAAGACAUUACCGUUAGCACAGCUGAUACAGGUGGUUUAUCCCGAUUUGUAUCCCGUUCACAUGCUCGACGAUCGCAAUGCAAGGGACAUUGACGGCAAAGUGUGUCCACAACCACCUCGGCUUAAUUUAUCUGCUGAGAAACUCGACAGCCGGGGCAUCUUUCUUAUGGAUGCUGGCGAUAGAAUCUUUAUUUACGUUGGCAAGAAUAUCAAUCUGAUUUUCUGUACAAAUAUGUUCGGCACUUCGGGGUUUACAUCUAUUCCAGAGGAAAUGUACGAAUUACCGGAAUUGGAUACAGUAGAAAGCGAACGGUUGCGAAACUUUGUAUUUAGUUUACAAGAGGAAAAACCAUAUUACGUGCCUGUACAAAUUAUCAGGGACGAUAGCCACUUUAGGACGUUAUUCAUCGAACGAUUGAUAGAGGAUCGAUUUGAAUCUGCUCUUAGUUACUACGAGUUCUUACAACAUCUCAAGACGCAGGUGAAGGAGUGACCAAGUUAAGGAAUUUGUGCAUGAGACCAACUCCUGCCGGAAGUGUUAAUCAUCGGGUGAUGGAAUCAUCAUAGAACAAUCGCGCAAUUCAAAAAUUGCACGAUCCGUUAUAAUUCAUUAAUCGAUCGUGGGUCAUUCGGGAUAUUUUGGGACAUGUCGCGUGAUUCAAGAUCUACUUAUGCCAUCUACUUAUGCAGCAGUGACAGCCUUAAUGAAAGACACUGACGCAUUUAAAUAUGAUAGAUUGUAUAAUUAUUGUUAUUAUUAUUAUUAUUAUAUUAUUGGUUAUUUACUAUCGGUAGCUUCAUCAUAUAGACUUGCGUUCUUGUUGCGCGUAUCCACUUGGGUUAAGCAAUUUCUUCAACUCGUCCAGUAAAUAAUAUGUAAUUUUUUACUAUUUUGUGUUAUAUCUAAAACAGUUUUAAUCUAUGAGAUUUAUUUGUUCAGUAGGAAAACCUUUUUCACAAUAGCAGUAAUUCAUUGAAUAGCAUCAGCAUGACGAUCACAGUCGAUUUCGUCUAUUUUAAAAUCGUGGGAUCUUUUCUUUUAUUCUAAAUUACUAAUAGGAAUGUCAAUGCUCGUUGUAUUUUAUUCGCUUUCUUAUCUACUCGCGAUUACGUGGUAAAUGCAAAUAGAGAGAGAGGGGGGAGGGAGGGAGGGGGGAGAGAGAGAAAGAGAGAGCAAGAGCAGUGGAAAAAAAAGAAUCUUAAAUUAGAGGAAAACAGUUUGUUUGAAGUAGAAGAAAUCGACUAUUUUUUGAUGAAGUUUGUAUAGAACAUUUUUUUGAACUGUGUUUCUGCAUUCUUUCAAUUUCUAUAUCAAAAUAUCGCAAUACGCAAGUGUUCUUACCUUAAAAAAAAUACCAUCUUCAGAAAAUCCUGAAAAAUAUUAGUUACGAAUAAUUAUAU